AAUGACAACAGUGGCAAAUGUUGACGUUUGAGUGUUCCUCUGGAAUUUCUCCGUCUGAUCUGACCGAUUGGCCAGUCUUCCGUUCAGCGCUUCUGCGCUCAUGCCUGAUUUCCGCGUCGCGUUCCAGUGGGGCCCUCAUGAUCGGGAUCGUCCAUGGAGGAUGGAGAGUGGGUGGAUGAGCUGCCGCUGCCAUUGAACCCGCCACGGCCCCGGGAUUGGCGGUGGAUGGGCUAUAAGAUGGCCCGUGAAGCACUCUUCUUCGGCUUGACUUUUUUCUUCUGUAUCUAUACGCCCUACGUUCAGACCAAUGGCCCGGGCUUGCCCACCCGUUCCGCGCCCGCCUCCGUGGCUUUUUUGCCCGAUGCUCGUUGGGUGGAUGAUUAUUACUCGGGCGAUGUGUUUGCCGCCUUUGAAGAGGCUCAACAGCACGCCCAUGCCCUGGUUUUGUUCUACGCCCCUUGGGAUGUGGAUAGUGGGCGAGCGGUCCAGGUUUUGGAACAGGUGGGUCAUGUCUUGGCCGACCAUCAAGACUUGUAUUUGGCGGCCGUCAAUUGUUGGGUGAGUCACGGCGAAUGCUAUAAGGAAUUUGGGGCCGGCAGAAAGACCCGAGGCCGCUCAUCAUCCCACACGCGCAUGGAUCAGUUCCCCAUUUUGGUCUUUUAUCCCAGUGACAAGCGGGGGAUUCAGUAUAAUGGACCCCUAACCGUCCAACAUAUCACGCAAUUCUUGCUCCACGCCCAAAACCCGUUAGUCCGGAUUGAUAGCUGGGCUGAUUUGCACCAACUGCAAGCCCAAAAUGGCGGCCAAGCGGUGGUGGGACAUUUUGGCGAUUUGUCCGUGGCUCACGUGGGCCGGAAUUACCCGAGAUUUUUACAAGCCGCCUACGAUUUGCUCGAGUUUGAUCCGUUUCGGACUCGUUACGGUGGGCUGGGGGUGGUCGUGUCCCAAGCCACGGCCUAUCAACUCCAUUUGAAUCCCCCGCAUCAACCCGUGAAACUGUUCCAUUGGAACGGCACCGCCUCCACGUUUCCCAACAAGACCAUAUCGAAUGUGAACACGCUCUUGAAAUGGAUUGGCGAGAAGGCCAAUCCUUUGACCGCAUGGACGGGCACUUCCGGUCAGAAGAGCCUUCACUUGUCCUCCAGUUUGAGUUUGGGCUCUGGCCAUUCCUUAUUGGCCUUUAUUCCUCGAACCAUGAUGAACCACUUUGAUCCCAGUCUGGCCGUGUUCCAAGAGGCUGCGCUCCGAUAUUAUUCCUGCACCCAAGAGACCCGAGAAGCCACGCAGGGUUUGCUCAGACAUAUCAAAUAUCUCAAGCGGACCUCAAAUCUUGAGUUGGAACGCACGCUUCUGGAUUGCGCUCAGGAUCCUUGGUUCCUCAAGCAAACGUGCAAUAGCUUGUCGAAGCCCCCAAACCCUUGCGUUUGUGCCUCUGCCAUGUUCCGAAAUCGAACGGCGGUGUCUCAUAAAGAGGGCCAUCCUUUCAUGCUGAAAUCCCGCCGAUCCAAUCAGAAACCCCAUGGACCCAUGGCCGAUGAGAUCGUAGCCAAUUUGAAAGUAAACCAAAAACGUCUCAAAUGCGCUUUGAGCGCCCACGUGCCCAAUCUCUGUCAUAUCCUCGCUGAUGUGGCCGAUCCCGCCACUCUGGAUGCCGAAUUUCUCGAUAUCGGAUCCGACUUAGAUGGAUUGGGUUGCGAAGACAACAAGACCCUCAAUUUCUACACGCUGGACGAGUCCACCCAAUCGUUUCUGGCCCAAAGUCUGGGUGUGGACUUGAGCCAAACUAAAGAGCCCACCCUCAUCUUGGUCAGUCCAGAACUGGAAUCGUCGUUUAGAAUGGAGUCUAAUUUCAAUUUGGAAACUAUUUCCGAUUUCGUUCACCAAUUUCAUCGUCGAAAAGACUCGUUACGACGCAUCCAACGAUCCGAAAAUCCUGAGGAGAGUCCUGAAAUCGCGGAAAGCGAACGAAUGCAAAUCAUUCCGCGCGUGAAUACGAAUAACUUUGACCGGCUCGUACUGAACUCGUCGCAAAAUGUGGCUUUACUUUAUACGUCACCAUCAUGCGGUUUCUGCUCUUCGAUUGCCCAUAUUUUCCAUAGUGUCCGAGCCUUGUUAACCGAUGUGAUUGGUGAUGAUAUAGUGUUUUACACCGUGAAUGCCAUGAACAAUGAUUUAUCUUGGAGUUUUACAACCCUGUCCGUGCCAAGCAUUAUGUUUGUCCCUGUGGACAAUAAGUCCGAAACGCGGGUUUUUCCAUCCGAAAGGAAUAUCAAUGUUCCCAAUUUGUUAAGCUUUGUUAUAGCCAAUUUACCAGCUCCAAGUCGGAUGAAGGUCUCCGUGGCCUUCUGUGACGAUCAUUGUCUACUAAAGAGCCACAGCCAACUUCAGGAGAGGCUUCGCAACGCCCGGGAUUUUAACCUUUUUGGUGAUUCUGGAAGUCCCGAAGAGUUAGUUCAACUCAAGUCAUAUCUUCAAACGGAAAUGGAGAGACGAGCUCAGGGGAAAUCGACGGUCCGCAGUCAUACCGAAUUAUAGUACUAUUAUUAGAGUUAUUUUUCACGUUUUUAUUCGUUACUCUUUAGUUUCAACUUCACCAUAUCUGUGAUAUGUCAUGGGGUUCCAACCGACCAAUAUAAUAACAAUCGUUUAGCUAUUUUGGGUACGCAUAAUAAACGCACCUUGAUUGGAACAAAGCAUUGCA